CAUAGCCGAGGGCCCCCGGGAAACCAGUUACAGGACCCCGUUCUUUAGGGUAAAUUUAUCGAAAAUUAUAGGGUAAUCGACCCUCUCCGAUUCUUGCUCCUACGUCGGUUGACUCAUCACGAGAUUACUACCUUGCCAUAGUAUAUAUAGAGAGAAAGUGUGUGUAAUCAAUGACUUGGAGGAAGAGCAAAUGUAUAGAAUAUACAUAUACUACCUAUGUAUUAGCAAGAUGACUAAAGAGGUUCUAACUAUUUAUCUGUAUUAACUGCCUGUUACUUGCUUUAUUUUUAGGUGAGUUCUGCGCGUAUGUACAAUCAGGACUCGGUAAUCAGACAGAGAAAAUUUUGGACUAUACCAAUCGAUACGUCAACCAGCCGUUCGCAAAAUAAUGCCGCCUCUUUCGUCGUCGUCGUCUAGUUCUAGCCAAGGCGAGCUCCCGGCAGAUGUUGAAAAACAGGCGAUUCCGAUUCCUGCGGGAGCCGAAGGUCCUAGCGAGAGCAGAAAGAAUCAAGGAGAAGUAGAAGAAGGAGGAGGAGGAACCGGAAAUAUGGAUAGCCCCGCCGAAGAGGGAGAGGAUUGGCGAAUCCCUCCCGAGCCCGAUAUCCUGAACCCGGAUGCCGACGGCGUGGCCGGCGUCGUAAGCCGGGUGCUGAGUAGGAUGUCGACCAAAUCGAGCUGGAACCCCGGGCCGCCUCCGGACGGUGGUAAAGUCGCGUGGCUCAUGUGCAUCUGCGGGCACCUCGCCAUCAUGAACACGUGGGGCUUCAUCAAUUCGUUCGGCGUGUUCCAGGCCUACUAUGUGGCACAGCUCGGGCGCCCGCCCUCGGACAUCUCGUGGAUCGGCUCCGUGCAGGUGUUCCUGACCUUCUUCGUCGGCACCUUCGCCGGCCGCUUCACCGACGCCGGCUUCUUCCGGCCCGUGACCGCCUGCGGCGUCGCCCUCAUGACCCUCGGCAUCUUCGCCACCUCCGCCGCCACCCGCUACUGGCAGCUCGUUCUGUCGCAGGGCCUGUGCAUGGGCCUCGGCAGCGGCUGCGUCUUCUGCCCCACCGUCGCCACCGUCUCCACCUACUUCCGCCGCCGCCGCUCCCUCGCCAUCGGCCUCGCCGCCUCCGGCUCCGUCACCGGCGGCCUCGUCUUCCCCGCCAUGGCCCGCCAGCUGCUCCCCGCCGCGGGCUUCGGCUGGACCGUCCGCGCCAUGGGCUUCGUGCAGCUGGCCACGCUCGCCUUGGCCAUGGCCCUGAUGCGGUCGCGCCUGCCGCCGCGCCGCGCCGGCAGCCUCGUCGAGUGGGCCGCGUUCCGCGAGCCCGAGUACGCGCUGUACGCCGCCGGCAUGUUCUUCAGCUUCUGGGGCGUGUACUUCGGCUUCUACUACCUAGCCGCGUUCGCGCGCGCGGGGACGGCGAUCUCCCCGGCCAUGUCGUACACGGACUCGCUGGACCUGCUGCUGGUCGUCAACGGCGUGGGGCUGGUGGGGCGGAUCGUGCCGAACUACUUCGCGGACCGGGUGGGCCCGCUGAACCUGAUGAUCCCGGCGUGCCUGGGGUGCGGGGCGGCGGUGCUCGCGUGGAUGGCGGUGCGGACGCCGGCGCAGCUGUACGGGUGGGCGGUGGCGUACGGGGUGGUGGCGGGGGCGAUACAGAGCCUCUUCCCGGCGGGGCUGAGCAGCCUGACGACGGACCUGCGGAAGCAGGGGACGCGGAUGGGGAUGACGUUCACGAUCGUGAGCUUCGCGGUGCUGACGGGGAACCCGAUCGCGGGGGCGAUUAUCGGCAGGAUGGACAGGCGGUACGUGGGCGCCCAGGGGUUCACGGGCGCGAGCUUGCUGGUGGGUGCCGUGUUGCUGUUUGGCGCGCGGUGGGCGAGGAUGAGGAGGACGGGGAGGGGGUGGAAGACGAAGAUUUAGGGGAUUUAGUGAGUAGAAUGGGGGGGAAUUGGUUAACCCGUCUUUGAUUUUUAUCAUAAGCUAAAACGGGGAUAGAUAUAACGGUUAUAUAAGGGGAGGGAGGGUAUGUACGAUGUGUCUAUAUGUGAAGUGAGGAUUUCGAGGGUUGGUGAUGAAGGUACCUAACCUAAUGAUUGUUACCUGUUGUUAUAUGGCGAUACAGGACAUGAUGAUAUGCAGAUUGGGAUUUUGUGUAUAUACAUUAAUUUGUAGAUAUUUACUCUAUAGGUACGUGUUUUAAUAUGACAGUAACAACAGUAGCUAAUUCGUUUAAUG